UCGAAAAAAAAAUUCCUAGCCGAAAUUUCCCUACGGGAAUUAUCUAUUAUGACAAAGAUUAUCAAAGCGGUGAAAAAGAUGACAAAGCUACUUCCUUGCUCGACACCUUAGCCGACGACAAUGAACAAAUUGAACAACUAAUUCAGCAAAGAGAGACUAAAAGGAAAAUUGGCGACCUGCUUGCUCACUUGGAGCCCCACGAAGAGUUGAUUGUCAGGCUCUUUUUUGGCAUAGUUCCGGCUAAUUUAGCCCAAAUUAAUCGCUUGGUAAUUGAAGAAAAGACCAAAGAGUUAAAGAAAUUUCAAAGCAAAGAAAAAUCUCCUCUUUUCGCAAAGUGUUCGCAAUUUUUCGCUACUCCUCACAAAAAAGAAGAAGUCGCCCAAACCUUGAUGAAUCGGGAAUUUUGGGAAUGGCUUGGGGGA